AUGGAUUUCAAAUAUGAACUCCCGUUUUCGGAUACUGCAAUACAACAUAAGCUUAAUGUUAAUAGUAAACGUUUUCCUAUGCUAAUCGACCUUAUUAUAAAUUGGCAACCUUUAGCGAAAUUAGCAUCCUUCGUCAAUUCCGUAAAUUCUUUUUUCGCAAUAAUUACUAUAUUAACGGUUUUCAACAUUACCCCUACUAUUGCGCUUAAACAUAAUCCCGUCCACACACACCGAGAUCAUUACAAUGAUGACCUUUACUAUUAUUACUUAUUUCGACCUGAUAAAGAAUUAAAUCAAAAAAAUAAUAGUACUAAUAAUAACCCAGGAUUUAAUAGUCAAUCUAAUAUUCAAAAGAGUUACAAAUAUAAUCCGAAAAGUUACGGUAAUGACGGAUACAAUAUAGAAACCUCUAAAAACCUAGAUCCUAAAAAAAUUGAAAAAAAAUUGACCAAAUACGAAGAAAUUAACAAAUACUACAAAGAGCAAGAAAAAAGCAAGAUAAUGAGAGAAACUAAACAAUCAAAAGGAAAACGAAGGCAGAGUCAAAAAUCACCAAAAUUUUUACAUGAUUCAACAAAUAAUUAUGAUAAGGAGGUAGCCGACAUAAACUACAAAAAUUAUUAUUACGUAGACCCUCAUAAAAAUAAAGUUUUUCGUCGGCACAGACCGGUAGAGCCACCUUUGACUUUCGACGAGACCAAGUUAUUAGAAUGGGAUAAAUACUUUUCGACCGUUAAUUCGCGACCUAAACAAGAUAACCGGCCUGCGCGACAAUUGACAUAUCGCUCGUUUAAUAAUAAUUAUAAUGGCAACAAUAACCCUUCUUAUUCUUAUUACCGAUCGAUUGAGAAGCCUAGAGUUGUGUCAUCGCAGCUCUACGAUAACUUUAAAAGUGGUGAAAACUUGCCCGCUAGUUUAUCACUUCCCACUGACCCCUGUUAUGACAAUAUAUCAGGGUUUCCUAAGAGAUGCCUACCAGAUCUUACAAAUGUGGCGUUUGGUAAGAAGUUUUAUUCGACUUAUUCGUGCGACUCUGAUUCUUCAUUAAACAUAGAUAUGUUGUAUUGUUACUUAAAUGCAUCUUCCGGUUUUGAUAAAAAUAAGCUGUCGCUUAAAACGGCUAAAAGGGAUUUAGACAGCUAUGAUGAAAAUGAUUCAGGAUUCGCUGAUUCAACCGAUGAAGAUGGAAAAGAUUUAUUAGAAUCGGGUUCCAUUAAAAGAAGGUCACUUAAAUUUCUCAAGCCACCCGAAGACUUGAAUUCAUAUUAUGCCCUUACUCAAUGGCUCAUCAAAAGUGAUAUACAGGUGGCUAAUGACGGUAAUUCUCAAAAUAAACAACACAAAGAUCGUAACAAUUAUUAUUACACCUAUUAUAAAGAUUGGGAACACAGAAACACCGACGUUAAACCUAAAGGUUUUGGUGAUAUAUUUGGCAACACAGACAUGCAUGACAAAGUAUGCCAUAAAUGCCAUUCCAAUGGAAGAAAUAUUAUAACCCCCGAAUCGAUUGACUACUUAACCGAUUUAAAUAAUCCCAAUAAUAGGACUUGCUGGCUUUCAGCUCCUUUGAGGAAUAAACAUACAGUCCACAAUACCGAAAAAGCGAAUGACAAAAGUGACGAGAGCGUCAAUUUAAUACUCUCGUUAAACAAAAAAUACGAGCUCACAUAUGUCAGUAUACAAUUUUGCGGAUUACUCCCAGUUGCUAUGGCAAUAUAUAAAAGCACGGAUCACCGCAAAAAUUGGAUACCAUUUCAAUAUUAUGCACAGGAUUGUGUUAAAACUUUUCAAAAGAACCCAAAAUCUCAAGUCACCAAGGCUAAUGAACAAGAGGCGCUGUGUUACGAAUACCUGAAGACUGAUAAAAAAUUUAAUAUUUUACCCCAACCAGCUAAAUUAUCGAAAAAUAGCGUAGCUUUUAAAUUAAAAGAUAAUAAUCCAUUCUACAGCCCCAAUUCAUCACAUCAUCAAACCUCAUCUAUCCCCCACGUAUCUAUAGUUGACUCAUCCUUAUACGAAUAUGGAAUUGAUAAUAGAAUCGCUUUCUCAACUUUAGAAGGUAGGCCUUCAGCUUAUGACUUUGAUUCGAGUCCCGUUUUACAGGAUUGGGUAACAGCCACCGAUAUAAAAAUAGUGCUCUACCCGCUUUCAUCUUCGAUAUUUAACAAUAAAUCUGUGUUUAAAAACCUCAUAUCAUAUAAUAAAAAUAGUUAUGAUAAUAAUAGAAUAAUAUUAUUUCCUUCUCCACUCCCACCAUUUUUACCAACCCUUCCCUUCCAUAAUAACUUGACUUCAGAUGUCACAACUGCUGAUUUGUUUUCCGCUCGAUACUUUGCCAAAGAGUCAAAUUCUAUAGAAAGGCGACACAUUUACAAUUACGAUGCGUACAAGCAAGAGCAGUUUAAUGAAUUACCUUCUAGAGGGUUGGGAACUGUAUCUAUUAAUCCUGUUUUACCUAUUAUUAAUACUAAUCUCUCCGAAAAUAAUAAUCUUAUCAGCUCACAAAUAAAUAAUCCCAACGUGUCUAUUUUCACACCAUCAAUCCAAUGGUCCCACAACUAUGUCUACCGCCCAAAUCCUUCUAUAAAAGUUAUAGAAAAUAGUAAUAUUCAAAAAAUCAAAAGUGAUCACCUUGAAACAGGUGACCAAAUCUAUGACUACACUGGUGAUUAUUUUUUCGGUAUAUCUGACAUAUCCGUGGGUGGAAGAUGUAAAUGCAAUGGCCACGGUUCCAAAUGCGUUCGCAACUCAGAAAACAGAAUGGUUUGCGAUUGCAAGCAUAACACUGACGGAAACGAGUGCGAAAAAUGCAAAAAAUUUUACUACGACCGACCAUGGGCCAGAGCUACCGAUAAGGACGUCAACGAAUGCUUACCUUGCAAGUGUAAUUUACAUGCCAAGAGAUGCCAAUUUAACAUGGAGCUUUACAAAUUGUCUGGGGGUAAAAGCGGAGGAGUCUGCAUAGGAUGUAGGCAUAGUACCGCUGGUCGACAUUGUCAUUACUGCAAAGAAGGUUAUUAUAGAGAUCCAACCAAACACAUUACUCAUAGAAAAGCUUGUAAAGCUUGCGAUUGUCACCCAGUAGGAGCCUCGGGUAAGACAUGUAAUCAAACCACUGGACAGUGCCCUUGUAAAGAUGGGGUAACAGGAAUAACUUGCAACAGAUGUAGCAAGGGUUAUCAACAAAGUCGUUCCCCUAUUGCCCCCUGUGUCAAAAUCCCUCAAUUUGAUUCAAGAUACGAUAGUGAUAGAGAUUAUAACACUGAUUCUUAUUCUUGCAAAGAAUGCAAGGCUUCCAAUAUGAAAGUGAAUCAAAAGAAAUUUUGUCGCAAAGAUUUUGCAAUUCAAGCGAGAAUAUUAUCUAGAGAAUCAAUAGGUCCUUGGAUAAGAUACACGGUAUAUUUGAUGAAGAUAUUCAAAGGAAGGGCUUUUAAGCUUAAACAAAAGGAAGAAUAUCUUUGGAUCAAAGAAAAGCACGUAACUUGCAAGUGUAGGCGUUUAAAGUUAGGAGAAAAAUAUCUUCUGUUAGGACAUGUUUCAAGAAAUUCUGAACGUCCUGGACUCGUCAUUAACAAGAGAGGUAUCGUUAUUUUAUGGAAAGAAGAUUGGAGAACACGCAUGCGUCAUCUUAAGAGAAGAGAAAGAAUUUCUAAAAGUUGCUGAGAUUAAAUACUAUCUAGAUUAUUGAC